CGAAACAGAUUAUAACAGCUGGUUAGAAAAUUCCGUAUAAUUAACGAAUAAACAUAUAAAAAAACCUUAUAGUGUGUGGCUGGCCGUGAACCAACAUGGAGAGCCAAUAGGUCGUAGCCACCAAAGCACUAUCUAGCGCGUGACGUACACGUAGUCAAUGACUAAUGUUUCAAGGACGAACCUAGCCGCAUUAUAGUCCACGUUCAAAUGAGGCCCACUAGUUUCCAUAAAAGUCAACUUCACCCCCAAAAAAACGCUCCAAACUUUUGACCUUUUCGCUUUUCUUGAUUUGGAGCCAGUGGCAUUUUCGUAAAAUCAUUUUGAUCUAACCGCUUUGAUGUUCUUGCUUAGUUUCCAUAACUUCUGUCAUUAUCACCUUUAUAUUUGUUUUUCCUAAAAAAGCCAAAUAUUCGUAAUCACGAUUUUUCUCUUGACUCUUAUAAUUUAAUGUUUAUUCCAAUUAAAAAUAUUAAAUUUAUAAAAGCCCAGAUCUAUUUCUUUUUCCCCUCACUUUUGUUAAAUAUUUUUUUUUUCUCUUGAAAUUUUUUCCAGUUUCUAGCAAAAUCUAUUUUCUCUGGAAACUUUGUAACUAGGGUUUUCGUUUCGUUUUCGAAAUUUGAUAAUUAGAGAGAGUGAUUCAGUGAACCUGGACAUGAUCAGGUUUACUGAUUUUACUGUUUUAAACUUAGAAAAGAAUAGUGAACAAUCUGGAGUUCUAAAAUCUAAAAAGGGGAGGCUUUUAACUAGUAUAUCUCUCGUGUACUUUUUCUCUAAUUCUUAAAUCGUUCUCUCUUCCUGUUUCUACUUUUUAAAAUCCCUUUUCGCUUUAAUAAAUUGAAUAAAUCACGUAAAAGCUCUAAUUUGGAGGAAAAAGGCUAAAAAGCGAGAUCGAAUUCUUCUUCUUCUUUUUCCAGAGAUACUAUGUCGUCGAGAGCUCACCCUGUAGACGGAGAUUUAAGUCCGGCGACAGUUGGUGGAGGUCUUCCGAUGAAAUCUCCCCCCCACCGGCAUAAAGUUGGAAUCCCACCUAAGCAAAACAUGUUCAAGGAUUUCAUGUACACAUUCAAAGAAACUUUUUUCCAUGAUGAUCCUCUUAGGGAUUUUAAGGAUCAGCCUAAGUCUAAGAAGUUUAUGCUCGGUCUCCAAUCCGUCUUCCCGGUCUUCGAUUGGGGACGUAACUACAAUUUCAAGAAGUUUCGAGGUGAUCUCAUCUCUGGUUUAACCAUUGCAAGUCUCUGCAUUCCUCAGGAUAUUGGAUACGCUAAGUUGGCGAAUCUUGAUCCCAAAUAUGGUUUAUAUUCGAGUUUUGUUCCUCCGUUGGUGUAUGCUUGUAUGGGGAGUUCUAGGGAUAUAGCAAUCGGACCUGUCGCUGUGGUUUCUCUGUUGCUAGGCACAUUGCUUCGAGCUGAGAUUGAUCCAAGCACAAAUCCAGAUGAAUAUCUCCGCCUUGCCUUCACUGCUACGUUUUUCGCCGGUAUCACCGAAGCAGCCCUUGGAUUCUUCAGAUUAGGGUUCUUGAUCGAUUUCCUUUCCCACGCGGCUGUGGUUGGCUUCAUGGGUGGCGCAGCCAUCACUAUCGCUCUUCAGCAGCUUAAGGGCUUCCUGGGGAUCAAGAAAUUCACCAAGAAAACUGAUAUCAUUGCUGUUCUUGAAUCCGUUUUCAAAGCAGCCCAUCACGGCUGGAAUUGGCAGACUAUACUCAUUGGUGCAUCAUUCUUGACCUUCCUUCUCACCUCUAAGUUCAUUGGGAAGAAGAGCAAGAAACUAUUCUGGGUACCAGCAAUUGCGCCAUUGAUAUCAGUUAUCAUUUCCACCUUCUUUGUCUACUUAACCCGAGCCGACAAACAAGGAGUCCAAAUUGUGAAACACCUUGACCAAGGAAUCAACCCUUCCUCUCUCCAUCUAAUCUACUUCACUGGUGAUAACCUUGCUAAGGGCAUCCGGAUCGGUGUAGUCGCUGGCAUGGUCGCUUUAACAGAAGCUGUAGCGAUUGGAAGAACCUUUGCUGCGAUGAAAGACUACCAAAUCGACGGUAACAAAGAGAUGGUAGCAUUAGGCAUGAUGAACGUAGUUGGAUCGAUGUCUUCUUGCUACGUAGCUACAGGAUCUUUCUCAAGAUCAGCCGUCAAUUUCAUGGCUGGAUGUCAAACAGCGGUUUCGAACAUCAUAAUGUCAAUUGUCGUUCUCUUGACAUUGCUCUUCCUGACUCCUCUCUUCAAGUACACUCCAAACGCCAUCCUGGCAGCUAUCAUCAUCAACGCCGUGAUUCCUUUGAUAGAUAUCCAAGCUGCUAUUUUGAUCUUCAAGGUUGAUAAGCUAGAUUUCAUCGCUUGUAUUGGAGCCUUCUUUGGCGUCAUCUUUGUUUCUGUUGAGAUCGGACUUCUCAUUGCCGUCUCGAUCUCGUUUGCUAAGAUCCUCUUGCAAGUAACAAGACCUAGAACUGCAGUUCUCGGAAAUAUUCCGAGAACUUCUGUUUACAGAAAUAUUCAACAGUAUCCUGAAGCCACUAUGGUUCCAGGGGUUCUUACUAUUCGUGUUGACUCCGCGAUUUACUUCUCCAACUCAAAUUACGUCAGAGAAAGGAUCCAGAGAUGGCUUCAUGAGGAAGAAGAAAAGGUCAAAGCAGCAAGCCUACCUAGGAUUCAGUUUCUCAUCAUCGAAAUGUCACCUGUUACGGACAUCGACACAAGCGGUAUCCACGCGUUAGAAGACUUAUACAAGUCUCUCCAGAAAAGGGACAUUCAGUUGAUUCUAGCAAAUCCUGGACCCUUGGUGAUAGGCAAGCUACACUUGUCGCAUUUUGCCGACAUGUUAGGAGAAGACAACAUCUAUCUGACAGUGGCUGACGCCGUCGAGGCUUGCUGUCCAAAACUCUCAGAAGAGGUCUGAAAUUUACAAGAAAGAAGAAGAAAUGAAGAUAAUGACGAAGAAGAAGAAGAAGGAAAUGUUCUCUAAGUGUUGUAACAGUAGAGUUAAGAAAGUGACUUUUGCCUUCAAUUGUAGUUCUUUAUGAUUCUUCUAUCCAUACCGAGAGGUCAAGUGUAAAGUUGACUACUUUUUGUAAUAAAGUUUUGUAUAUUAAGAUUUUUCUAUCAAAUCAAGUUUAAAAACUCAAAA